AUGUCCCUCCGAAUCGCCCCCCAACCAAACCAUCCAACCCAAACCUCCAACACAACCACCCGCCAACAAAUCCCCAUCUCCCUCCCCCGCCCCUCAAAGGGCGCCCCCUCCGCCCCCGGCCUCCCCGACAUCCUCCGCACCAAACUAACCGCCCAAGCCCCCCACGGCCCCCCCUCCGCCAACACUAACACAAUCCCGUCCUCCGCGCAUCCUCUCGAAGCCCGCCUCCUCGCGUGGCGCCAGACGCAGGAUUCGCUGAAGAUGGAGGGCCUGAGACGCGCGUAUGGGAUUGCGGAGCCUGUGCGGCGUGGGAUGGAGUUGAAGAUUGUGAGGGAUGGGACGUUUAAGCCGGCGGUGCUAGGUGGUGGAAGGGGUGGUAAUGUGCAUGAGGAUAUUUUGGUGCUGGGUGGGAGGGAUACGGAGGUUGGGUGGGAGGAUGUUUUUCAGGGAGACGAGUUCAAGGAGCCUCCUGCUUUCCACGACGAGAUGGAGAAGAGAUUGCGCAUGGAUUAA